UCACGCACUCACUCAGAGCUACGCCACAUCAUCAGCUGUGAUCCGCCUCUUCCUCUACAUCACCUUUCUUUGGCUUCCUUCUCCUGGUUGUCCUUUUGUCUUCCCUCAUAACUUUUCUUUCUGCUCUGGAGUCUACAUGUCAUUUUGAUAGCGGGUGCAGUCUCAAAUCUUCUCAUUGUAUCCCCGCGAUGGACGUAGCGCUUUCCUGCUGUUUUGUGCAACUUCCUAUUGUUCGCUGUCCUUCCCAGUCUUUUCGUUCACAGCCUCACCACACACCCGCAUGCUUAUAACCUCCACCAGUACCGCAGCUCUCGCCACGACCAGUAGCAGUACCGGCAGGCGGUGUCCCGGUAAGCCUCGGUUGGCCGGCAGACGCAGGACCGAGGUUGGGGUCGGGUUCCUUUUUCAGUUGAGACGAGCUCUGACCUCCGUAAUGGAUCACACCUGGGCAAUGUAUGCAUGCGUGUGUUUCUUACAACACUGACUGCUGCUAAUGGAGAACACAUGGACACACACACACACAGACAAACACACUCUCUGUCACACACUCAAACACAGGCAUUUGAAAACGAUCUGCUUUCAGUUCCUCUCGCAUCCGCCUGAAACCUAAGGUAAUGUACCAAGAGGUUUGUGUGCCGACUGUUUCCUUUUGACUUGUGUGGCCGUUUGCCUCUUGUGCAACUGAGCAAAUGCAGCUCCCCCUGCUGGCAGUCGUCACUAACUGCACCUUUUCUAACCCGGGUGGGUAGGGCUGGGCAAUAUGGCCUUAAGUACGUAUCACGGUAAAUGGAGCAGAUUUACCUCCAUAACGAUAAAUGACGAUAAAUUUGCCCAAGCGGACUGUUAUAUAAUUUGAAAAUCUAAAUCAAUGUAUGAAAUACAAAUCAGCUGUUUCUCAGUGAUUUAUUUACCAGAUUUCAAUUGAACAUGUUUAAACAAUUGUCCAUGCAGUCUAAACAUUAAGUAUAUAAAAAUUCUUGUAAACCAUAAGAAUUCAAGUAUGAACAUUUAUAACAGCUUGUAUGACUUGAACAAUGUACGACAUUAUAAAAAUCAAUACGGUGACUGUGCAAACGCGUCAUUGUAAGACAAAUGACUAAUAGUUUGAACAAAACACUUCAAACUGACAAUUUAUUGGUAAUGGCUGCUGUGACAUAAUUACUCAACACAAGUGUUUACUUCAAGGUUUCAGGUUUGUUUUCCUCAGAGCAUUUUUUAAUACAUGCACGCACACAUGCACCCCCACACAGACACACACUCACAUUAAAGCUAUAUUGCUGUUUUGCCAAUGACACAUUUAAGAUUUUAUCAUGGCAGUAAUGAAACAAUGAAGCAAGCACAUACAGAAUAAUAGCUGUGGCCAUUAAACGCUCAUAUUAUAGGCUUCACUGUUACAUUAUAAUUUAUGCUGAAUGAUUUACCCUCAUAAAAGAUAUCAAAGAAAUUCAAUUUAAUUCAAUUUUAUUUGUAUAGCCCUAAAUCACAACAAGGUUGUCUCAAAGGGCUUUGCAGAGGCAGUAUGACACACAAUCAGAAACAGCAAAUGAAGUAACAAAAAUGAAUAAAUAAAGUUCAAGUCCUGGGCAUCUCCAAUCCUUAGACCCUCCAUGUCGGCAAGGAAAAACUCCAAAAACCAAUCACACACAGAUACAAAAUAAUGCGACAUACUAAUUGCUAGAUGCAGUCCGUGCCCAAGCCAUUCAUUAAAUUCAGCCGUUUUGACAAACGUAGAGCCGCUAUCCGACUCCAUCAAUAUCAUUUUAUAGCGUUAGCCGCUAGCGUUAGCCUGUGGCCUGGCUACCAGUAGAAAGCACCCUCUCCUGAGUCCUGAAAUCAUGAGAACCAUGGAGUAGAGUGGGUUAAAAGCCCGUUUAGAGGCCACCAAGAGACUACUUCGUGUCGGGUGAAAGUUUGCCAAAGCUCCCUUAAGCCCGACAUUCCGUUUGCUUAUAGCGAUAGCCACUAGCGUUAGCCUACCGGGCUUCUGUUUGUUUGAGUUCCUGAUAACCAAGUGACUUCAUACGUAAGCACACUGACUGCUUUCUUAAAGGGGAAUGAACAUAGCCGAACAACACACUCAAAGCAGGAUGAAAAGACUAUAUUUUCUUGCUUCAUUAAAUUACCGAAUUUACCGACGUGGUCAAAAUUACGUCGGUCAUCGUGAAGAAUUUCGGUAACAGUAAGUUUUUGAUAUGCCGCCCGGCUCUACGGGUGGGCGGGCAUAAAGGGUUCACGGUGGCUAGCUUACCACAACGUCACUAUUGCCAGUGCUUAGUACUGCUGCGCUAGCAUUAGCUAGUUCCUAACUCGGGUGGGUUAACCCGCCGCAAAGCCGCGAAGGGUUUACGGUGGCAGGCUUAGCACAACGCCUCGAUUGUCGGUGCUUAGUACUGCUGCGUUAGCGUUACCUAGUUCCUAAUCAGCAAAGUCACGUACUACGCCAGCCAACUGGGUGUGCAAGCCAACUCUAUUUUUCCUGCUUACGUACAGCCAUGCUAACAUGCUAAUGUUCUGCUUCGCUUCCUUCUCAAGUAUUAUUAUCUUGCUUAGGAAGCCAUUUCCAGUGAGUUGAGGUGCUUCAUUAGGAAGUGAGUUAAUACGCAUUAUUUAGACAAAGUAGUGUCGUGCUGCUAUCUACGUAUCAAUUACUCAAGCCAUUUUUACAUUGGCGGAAAAGGUCGACACAGGUUCCUCACCAAUCGCGGGAUUCGCUGUCUAACACGUUACAAUGUUUACGAAAUCGUGAUCAAUGAUAGGACUGAUAACGGUUGUAGUCCGGGACUGUUUUUAAUGAUGGCUAUUGUUUACUUCCUGUCACGUGUGCAUGGCUGGCACCGCUUCCUGGGGGCAGCGUCUACGCAGCAGCACGUCCAGUCUGUUAGUGAACGCCACCAUCUACCACCUGAGCACGCGGCCCCACCGCCUGCAAGGACCCAUGUAUACCUGGUCACGGACGACAAUGUCACGCCGGCACCUCCGACCCCCAGGCCGCCCGUCUCCUUGCCCCGUUCGUCGUCCUUUCUGGGAAAGGUCCCCACGCGGUCCACAAAGACUAGUUCCAUCGAUUUGCGGAGCCGGCGGAUGCGUGUUGGUGUUUUUGCUUCCGUAGCCCCGAAAGUUCCUCCUCAGGGCCCUCCCCCUUUGAGGCACCCACCCGCUCCGCAAAUAUCUGAAGCCGCGCCCUCUUUAGUGCUCGGUCCACCCCCUCCCCGUCGGCCAGGUGGGCGGAGGCCUUUCCUGGCAUUGGUCUCCACCCCGCUCAUCUCGCAGGGCGGUCGCCGGCCAGGCGGUUCCCGGCCGAGCCAUCGCCAGCCAGAGGCUACGGGACUCCCGCCGAGUUCUGCCACGCUCAUUGCCAAGCCUGUCCAGCCACAAGCUUACUCCGUCGGCGUUGCAGCAAAAACAGGAACGGGGGACUUCAGAACAUCUACUGUCUGGAGGGUGACGAGCACCUCCCCCGGCUGGACCGAUCCUGUGACUUCUGAGAACUCUUUAUUUCCGCCGCGCCGGCCGACACCUAUUCUCCACGUCUCGAACCCGAAAGAUGCGAUCGGAAGCUCAUCGGCUCCUCCUUCGAUGUCGACUCUUCAUUCCCUAGUUUGGCCCAAUUUACCCCCGGCGCGCGUCAGCAUCUUCGAGGCUUCUCAGGCACGGCCGAGCAGGAACUUUGGAACUUUUCCGUUCCCCACACCUGAAAGUGGGUUUGUCCCCCCACGGUUUGAUGGGACGUCUGCGGCGACAGUUCGCUCCCCUUGGCUUUCUUAUGCCACGAGCGGCGGGACGAAAGAUUCACCCGACACGGGACGGGACGCGGGACUGUGGACAACUAGCAUUCAGUUUCGCACUGCGUCCUACCUGCGGACUUCGGGCUACAAACACUUUACGGGCUCCUCCCGCCGCCCGGUUCUUCCACAUUUUACCCCGACUCUUCCUCCUCUGCUGAGUCUUCCCCUUCCUGGUGUGUCACCUCUUGGUCACGUGACCACUCCACCUCCUCAUACCUCUCCUCAUCAUGUGACCCCUCUGCUCCCUGAUUUGAGUCUCCUUUCUCAAUUACAGUUGCCGCCUCCUAAUUUGACUCCACCCCUCUCUCAUUUGACUCCUCCGCUUAAUCGACCGACGACCCCUGCUCUGACUCCACCCCCUACACGCCUCUCGGCCACAGGUUCUCCAGUUUUUCCCGCUCUUACGUCGGCCACGCCUCCUCAGAGAGACUCGACUUCACGUCGGUUGACAAACACCGGAUCUUCCUCCUCUGCACUCCUGCCACCGAGCCCCUGGCCUACCCACGUGCGCCAUCCCAUAAACGACAUUGCUGCAGGGCUUUGGGGGGUGUGUCCUCACAAGCACGAUUGGACGCGGGACAAGGCCACGUUCUACAGACUGGCCGUGGAGGUGCACGACCAGAGCUCCACCCUAACUCCAGCUGACGUUGAGGAAGCGGUGACCUAUUGGCUGAACGAGACUUUCCACAACUGGACUCGCACCGCCUCCGUGGACCGGCUCAGCGUCCGGCCCGAAGGUCGCUCAAGCUUUUUGUGCCGCGCACUGCUACGCCACGGCGAUGCGAGCGACAACAUCGUUGAUGUCCCCGCAGCGGUCCGGGACAGGAUCUACGGUGGUGACCCUCACAUCGGAGCCGGCCUGGAGGUCCACGCUCACACGUUACACAUCAGCCCCUUGGAGAACUGUCCAGAAGACGACACCAUUCACUACCGCUGGCCUGAGAGUCGGCCCAGUACGUCCCACUUUCUGCCUUGCUUCCCCAACAAGGAACAGAGUGCCACCCGCAGCUGCUUAAUAAACCUUAGCAACUUUUCAUCGGUCUGGUCACCCGCCGACUUCAGCAACUGCACCGACAUCGACGCCAUCCAAGUGUCAGCAGAGAACGCAGCAGAGGUGGCCGCGCAACUGGCCGCCAUCGCCGACAAUCAGUUGUCCCGGGAGGAGGUGUCCAAAGUGGUGGGCAAAGUGCAGCAGAUUGUAGACGUGGCCAACAUUAACACCAGCUUGGCAUCCGCCGUGGUCGCCGUCAUCUCCAACGUGAUGAGCAGCCCCCACAGCGCUCUCGCUCACGCCUCAGACAGGGCGUUGAAGGCGGUGGAUCAUCUUUUGGGCAAGUUGCAGUUUGAAGGUUCCAGCGUCACCAUUAGGUCCAAACGUCUGGCUUUGGGGGUGUCGGCCUUCAACGCGUCCGUCUUCAACGGGACGUCCUUCAGCGCUUUUAUCCCGACAAAUUCCACUGACCCACAGAUUGACUUCAAAUCAGAACGAAGGAAUUCGCUGGCACGGAUCACGCUCCCGCCCUCGCUGCCGUUGGGGUCGGAGGACUCGCCGCCGACACGCAUCAACUUUAUGUUCUUCGGCACUGCCAGUCUCUUUCAGAUGGAGCAGGACGGACGGGCGCUGGUCAGCUACGUGGUGGCGAGCAGCGUAGGAAACCGCAGCAUCAGAAACCUGAGGGAUCCUGUGGAGAUUCACAUCGCUCAUCUGUCACCUCAAACCAUCCUCAGUCCAGUCUGCGUCUUCUGGGACUUCAGCAUGAACGGUGGCUCCGGAGGCUGGAAUGGCGCAGGUUGCCGCGCGUCCAAGGAAUCUGGCAUCAACAGAACGGUUUGCCUGUGCGACCACCUGACGCACUUUGCCGUCCUCAUGGAUAUUUCCGGAGUGUCGCCGCACAUCGAUCGGCGUAACAACCGCAUCCUGACCUUCAUCACGUUCAUCGGCUGCGGCGUGUCGGCCGUCUUUUCGGCCGCCACGCUGCUCACGUACGUCGCCUUUGAGAAGUUGCGUCGAGAUUACCCGUCUAAAAUCCUGAUGAAUUUGAGCGCGUCGCUACUGCUCCUCAACCUGAGCUUCCUGCUCAACGGCUGGUUGUCGCGGCACCGUGGCGAAGCCCCGUGCAUCGUGGCGGCCGCCCUGCUGCAUUACUUUCUGCUGACCUCGUUCACGUGGAUGGGCCUGGAGUCGGUGCACAUGUACAUCGCGCUGGUCAAAGUCUUCAACACUUACGUGCGCAGAUACAUCCUUAAGUUUUGCCUCCUGGGCUGGGGCAUUCCCGCCGUGUUGGUGGUCUCGGUCCUGGCGGUGGAUAAACGCUCCUACGGACCCCAGGAGUAUGGCGGCGGAACCUUUGGUGAAGGAUCAUCACAUUUCUGCUGGAUCCGAAACGCCGUGGUGUUCUACGUGGCCUGCGUGGCCUACUUCUGCCUCAUCUUUCUGCUCAACGUGGCAAUGUUUGUGGUGGUCAUGCUGCAGAUCUGCGGACGCAACGGCAAACGAGGAAGCCGCACGCUAAAAGAGGAGGUGUUGCGCAACCUUCGCAGCGCGGUCAGCCUUACUUUCCUGCUCGGGAUGACUUGGGCCUUCGCCUUCUUCGCCUGGGGGCCGGUCAGCCUCGUCUUUGUUUAUCUCUUCGCCAUCUUCAACUCGUUGCAAGGACUUUUCAUCUUCCUCUUCCACUGCGCCCUCAAAGAGAACGUUCAGAAGCAGUGGAGACGCACGCUUUGCUGCGCUCGCUUCAGACUCUCCGACAACUCGGAUUGGAGCAAAACAGUGAGCAACAAUACCAAGAAAGCCACCUCGGAGCAGGCCGGGCAGUCCUCGUCAUCGGGCUCUUUUGCCUCCAGCGCCGCCAACUGGACAGCCAAGGCCAAAAUCACCCUCACACCUUUCAUCAACACAGAAAAAACAAAGGCGGAGCCCAUCUCCUCAUCAGUCCUUCCCGUCGGCCAGAUGAUCGACAAGGUCAAAGGUUACUGCUCGGCACGCUCCGACGGCUCCUAAAAGAGCUUCGCCCUAAAUCCCCUCGAGCCGCGCCCCUCCAUCCGUAGGUUGCUGCCCGAAUAAAUAGCGAGCGACAUCACGUGCCGCAGAUUCUUCAGGAAUGGCCACCCUGUGCGGGCCGCUCGCCCGCUGAUCCGACGGCGACCGGCGUGCUCCGCCGCUUGACAUUCCUGCUCGAAAAAGCAAGGCCGGGAGGAAGAAAGAGACAUUUUUUGCAUCUAACUCUGGCAUCUGACCACCGUCAAAACCCACGCACGGACGCAUGCGGUCUGUCUACCGCGCGAGAAAGACCUCCCUGGCUCCGAGUGAGCUCUAAUCAUGUUCAAACUGGAUUUCUACAACUUUAAGCGCACAACUUGUCAUUGCUGACAUUUUAACAUCCAACUGCGUGUGCUUUCGAUAUAAUCUGUAAAACAAAGCAUUUAUUUUCAUGUUUCUUGGCUGACUAUGCGAACAGAAUAAAACCCAUAUAACAAAAGGAAAUAUAUUUUUUUUAUUCACUAUUUUUUGCACCAUGAUCUACCUUGCCUG